AGUAACAGUUUAUUCAAAUGUUGUCAAAAUAGCCAAAUGUGUUUGACAUAUGCGCCAAUUAUCUUGAAUAUAAAAUUUAGUUAAUUUUUUUUAAGUUGCAUAUAUUCUAAACAAUGUCUGAGUCGGAUGAAAUAGUAUCUAGUGACCAAGAAGAGGAAGUCGUAAGCGAAGAGUCAGACUAUGAAGGUGUUGCUGACUUGCCGAGUGGUGAGGUAUUCAUUGAAGAGUCCGAAAAUGAGAGCUCUGAUGAGAGUUUUGUUAUUCCUAAAGUGGCUUGUAAGAAAACAAAAAAUCGCCGUGCAAUAAUAGAUUCUGAUUCUGAUGACGAUGAUGAGUCGGAUAAACAAACAUUAUCACCGCGCACGCGAAUGAGUAUUACUGGUGUAAGGCCUGCGGAUCUCUCGGACUCAAGUGAAAUUGAGUACUCGGACGCAAGGUCCGAGGUAGAAGAGGAAUCGUCUAGAAGUUCCAACGAAGAAAGUGAGGUUGAUGAAGGGGCCACAGUACAAGAUCAAAGCAAAUCGGACACAAUCGAAAAGUCAGUAAAUAAAAAUAGCUUUUUGGAACAAUCAGCAACAGAAGAAACUGUUGAAGAAAGUACUGAAGCCGAAACUGAUAACAGUAUUAGUUAUGACAAAAGUAAGGCCGAUGAAACGAAUGGUGGGUUUGCCACUGCAACCAAUAAUCAACAAACAGAGAAAAUGCAAAAAGUUGAAGAACAUCGGAGAAAUGUUGAUUCACCGUUAAGUUCAGCACGUUAUAGCAUGCAAUUUGAACAAGCAAUAAAAGAGAAAUUGUCCUCUACAAUGUAUCAACCCAGCCCAAAGGAAAAAUAUCGCUCUCGGGUAGAGUCAUCAGAUGAGAGUGAUGUCCAAGUCAUAAGUUUUAAGGAGAAGACAAUAGAAAUUGGUAGCAGCAGUGAUGAAAGCCACCAAGAAAACAUUAAUCCAAGUUCAAAUACACCUGAGUACAAAAAAGGGGAUUUAGUUAAACCUAAACCAUUGAUACAACCAAAAAUCUCUUCACAAUUAAACACAGACCGAGCCACCGCCACGAGCAAAGACACAUUAAAAGAAAUCAAACUAGUAUCAAAAGAGUUCUUUGAUAAAGAAGUUAAAAAAUUAAAUGAACUAAAAAUCGAGUUACAAAGCGCAGAAAAAUUACUUGAAAAAAUUUCAAAAAAUUUGCCCGAUGGUGGAAGGCAACUUUCUAUUCGCAUUGAUCGUCUUCGAAAUGAUGUCUACAUUAAGUCUCAAUACAUAAGUACACUCAAAGUGGAAGAUGAAUAUUCAACUAUAUCACCUUCCGAGCGAAAAGUUCAAAAUAAGGUAGAUCCGUUAAGCUGGGAUGAUCUUUCAGCUGCUGUAAACAAAAUGCACCCAACGCACACGGGAAAACAAGGGCUGGCAACAUUUAAUGCACAGCGUGAAUUAACCGUUGAACGUCUAAAGGAUAUUCAUAGUUCACUAAAGUCUUGUCCCACUGAAGAUGUGCUUGCUGAGGAUCCAGUGGGAUUACGUGUAACCCUUAUGGACCACCAGAAACAUGCACUGGCUUGGAUGAACUGGCGAGAGAACCAAAAACCAAGAGGUGGUAUUCUUGCUGAUGAUAUGGGCUUAGGAAAGACCCUAACGAUGAUAUCACUAGUGCUAGCUUCGAAGAAUCGCCUAGAAGAGGAAGGUGGCAAUAAAUCAGAUGAUGAUGAAAGUGAAACAGAAGACGAAAAUGAGGGAUGGAUGUCGAAAGGUCGAAGGGAUUAUUAUCCUGGAGGAACACUGGUUGUUUGUCCCGCAAGUUUGGUUCGUCAAUGGGAGGAAGAAGUUGAUAACAAAGUAAAACGUCACAAACUAACUGUUUGUGUUCACCAUGGCAACAAUCGCGAUACAAAACCCAAACAUCUACGAACAUACGAUAUAGUUGUUACUACGUACAACAUUGUGUCGCGUGAGCAAAAAUCUCAAGGUGCGCUUUUCGGCAUCAAGUGGCAACGAAUUAUACUUGACGAAGCACAUGUUGUACGUAACCACAAAGCACAGAUGUCUAUUUCCGUAUGUGCAUUACGUGGCAAAUACAAAUGGGCUCUUACGGGUACGCCAAUUCAAAACAAGGAAGCAGAUGCCUACGCACUCAUUAAAUUUCUGCGUUGUACACCAUUUGAUGAACUAGCUCACUGGAAAAAAUGGAUUGACAACAAAAGUGCUGGAGGACAGCAACGUUUAAAUGCGUUGAUGAAAUCUCUUAUGCUUCGUCGAACAAAAGCAAUGCUUCAGGAGCGUGGAGCGCUGCAAUGUUUACCCGAAAAGCGAAUCGAGCUUAUUGAAGUCUGCUUAGAUAAAGAGGAAAUGAAUGUGUAUCAGAAAAUAAUGGUUUACUCGCGUACACUUUUUGCGCAAUUUCUUCUUCAACGAGCCGAACGCAAUACUGAUUUCAUGUACAAAGAGGAUGGUAAUAAGCCGACUUUCAUGCAAACCAAAGAUCCCAAUGGUGCUUAUUAUAAGGUACAUGAGAAAUUCACGAAAUUGCACCGCGGCCAAAAGGACGUAAAAUCACACGAAAUUUUGGUACUGUUGUUAAGGCUACGACAAAUCUGCUGUCAUCCGGGCUUAAUUGAUUCGAUGCUUGACGAUGCUGACAACGCUGAGAACAUGGAAAGCGACAGUGAUGAUGAGAAAAUCGAUUUGCUGGAGCAGUUGAAUAAUUUAGCAAUAAAUGAUAGUUCAGAGAAUCGCAGCAUGGAAGGAGAAGAGCCUCUUAAACCUGAAGAGGAAAUCAUUGCCAAAGCUUCAGCAAAAGUACUGCAACGUAGCAAUCCUGUAUUCAAUAUUAAACGACCUUCAUCUAAAAUUAAGAAAGUGCUUAAUAUUUUGAAAACGCGUGUGCUUAACGGAAAUGACAAGGCUAUUGUGGUAUCACAGUGGACCAGCGUUUUGAAUAUUCUGAAAACCCAUUUGGAGGCACAGGGCUGCGUUACAUUAUCUCUUAAUGGAACAAUACCAGUUAAAAACCGUCAAGAAAUUGUGACCGAAUUUAAUAAUGCUAAUAAUAACAAACGAAUACUUUUACUUUCGCUAACUGCGGGAGGAGUAGGCUUAAACUUGGUUGGCGCCAACCACUUGCUAAUGAUUGACUUGCAUUGGAACCCACAGUUGGAAGCACAAGCGCAGGACCGCAUUUAUCGUGUGGGUCAGAAGAAAAAUGUAGUCAUUUAUAAAUUUAUGUGCAAAGAUACCGUUGAAGAGCGAAUAAAAGCUUUGCAGGAUCAUAAAAUGUCAAUUGCUGACGGUGUUCUUACCGGAGCGCGUUCUUCUGAGGGUAGCAAACUUACAAUGGAAGAUCUCAGGGGUCUUUUCGGCAUGUAAAUAGUAACAUUCCCCUGUAUUAAUAGUUCUUGCAUUUAACAUUUUAUUUUAAGUUUUUCAUUCCGUCAAUUCGUGUGACGCCGUAACAUUUUCUGAACAGAAAUACACUUAUUAUUAUAUUA